AAAUUGCAAGAGGGAAAUUAGUAAAAACAAAUCAUGGCUAAGACUAAUUUCAUGAGAGGAGUUGUGUCGACUACUGCACUUGUCUCCGUUUUCAUUAUGAUGUCUGCUGCUUUAUUACCACAUGUUAUGGGUAUCAGGCUUAUGGGUCCUGGCGGUUGUUACGUGGAUAUCCCCGACGUGAAACCAGUGGUUCUUGGCUCUGAUUUUAAUCGGGAUUUUCGCGUGGUUCCGGGUGAUAAUGGCAAUCUUAAUGUUGGACUGAAUGAUGAUGUGGAUCCGGCGGCUGUCAAUGUCAACCAACCAAAAAAUCCUGGCGAAGUCAGCGUUUCGGUCGGUAAUUGUGGCCGAUGAGUAUUCGGGAAAAGGCUGCACAAGCACUCUGCCUGGCAUCGAUAUUAUAACCGGGGGAACGUAGUACUUGGCUGCCAAAUACUUUAUAUCAAUAUGAA